UGGGGACGUACCAUAAAAGAAUCAGCAAGUUUUCUGUUAUAGAUACAAUGAAAAAAAUAGGCGUAGAAAACUGAUUAUCUAUAUUGCACACACAGAUUAUCUACAAUUAUCUAGACCAUCUAGACACUGACACGUUUCGUGCACGUGGUUGAGGCCGCAAGACAAAGUUGGCUCGAUUGAAAGUAACAGAUCAUGAAAAUGUCAUAUGUUCAGGGAAUCGAUCAAAAUUGUGUGCAAAAUAAAUAAAUACAAAACCAUUAAUGAGACUUUAAACUUUAAAACAUAUGAUGGUCAUGAAGGUAUGAUGAGGUUAGUUGAUCGAUUCCCGAAGGUUUAUCGAUGUUCCUUGAUAACCGGCUCGAAACAUCAUCGUCGUAUUUCUGCGGAUUUUAACUGAUAAUACUUCUUAUCAGAUAUCGAUCGAGUGGCAAUGUUUACAUCCAGAAGGCUGUUUAAAGCCACUAUUAUUGGAACGAUUGGCUUGGGUACUCUGGCAUCUCUCAGAACAAACGAGUAUGACAUUGGAGCCAUUGGAAUCGUACGGCUGAGUCGAGCCGCGCUUGCGGUGCUCGAUAUAGGUCGUUAUUAUAAAAAAGAAUUGUACAAUAGUAAAUUGGAUAAGACAUCGGCAGAAUAUCUGCAGCUGAAAUCAGACACUCAUAAGUAUGGAGCCCAAAAGCUGCUGGAACUCUGUUGUGCCAACAAGGGGGUCUACAUUAAAGUGGGUCAGCAUAUAGGUGCAUUGGAUUACUUGCUGCCCCAGGAGUAUGUGCACACCAUGAGAGUAUUGCACAGUUCGGCGCCUCAAUCUUCGUUCAAGGAUGUGCUCACUGUGAUCGAAGAGGAUUUUAAGAAAAAUCCAUAUCAGAUAUUUCAGAGCAUCGAUCCGGAACCUGUAGGCACUGCCAGCCUCGCGCAAGUACACAGAGCCGUCCUCAGGAACGGCGAUGUGGUGGCCGUUAAAGUACAACAUCGCGCCGUCAAGAGUAACUCCUACGUCGAUAUCAAAACUAUGUCGGCCUUGGUGAAGCUGACGUCGCUGGUAUUUCCGGAUUUCAAGUUUGAUUGGCUAGUCGACGAAACAAAGAAAAACAUCCCACAGGAGUUGGAUUUCACUCGCGAGGGUAAAAAUGCUGAGAAAGUACAAAAGCUCUUCGAUAACUAUCGCUGGUUGAAAGUGCCGAAGAUUUACUGGGACGUAUCAUCGUCACGCGUCCUCACAAUGGAAUUUCUGGAUGGCGGACAGGUGAACGAUCUCGAAUACAUGCGUGCCAAUCAGUUAAAUCCAUACGAAGUCACUAGCAAGCUUGGUCGUCUGUACAGUCAUAUGAUCUUUAUCGAGGGUUUCGUGCAUUCGGAUCCGCAUCCAGGUAACAUUCUGGUGCGCAAUCGCGAUUCCCAAGCGGAGAUUGUGCUGUUGGAUCAUGGUUUGUACGCUAAUCUCUCUGAUCAGUUUCGAUGGGACUACUCGAAACUGUGGUUGGCGAUCUUCGAUAGGGAUCAGGUUGCCAUGAAGGAACAAUGCGCGCGACUCGGUGUAGCAGCACUUCACUAUGGUCUACUGUCGUGCAUGGUAUCAGGCAGAACAUGGGACACGAUCAUGUCAGGCGUGCGUAAGACUCGAUUUAACAUCAGAGAGAAGGAAGAAUUUCAACAGCAGAUCCCAAACUUGUUGCCGCAGAUCAGCUCCGUGCUGGACCGUGUCAAUCGGCAGAUGUUGUUGAUCCUUAAGACCAAUGACUUGAUGCGCAGCAUCGAGUAUUCGCUACGCACCCAAUCCAGAAUGUCAGCCAUGAUGGAGAUGUCCAAGUGUUGCAUACACUCCGUAUAUGGCGAGAAACUUAGGCACUGCUCAAGCGUAUGGGAUAGGUGCCGGAUAUCUUGUGCGGAGCGCUGGGCUCUUUUCAAAUUAUCGAUUUAUUAUGUUUAUUUGGGUCUGCUACACUUCGAUCUGAACAAAUCGAUCGAUUCCUUGUGGAUAAAGGAUUUUUAUCCGUUUUAAUGAAAGCUCUCUCUAGGUCAAAUAUAUUUUUUAAUUAGAAGCAGUAUCUUUUUAAAAAAUAGUUUUACAGAGAAAUAUAUAUAUUAUAUAUUUUUUACUUGUUGUGUAAGUAAUAAGAAGGUAAAUGUGGUUUGAUACUAACGCUCAUAAUUUAUAAAGUACAUUUUGUAUAUAGUUUACUGUCUUUUGUGUUGUCGAUCAUCUCUCAGGCUACCUCGUAAAUUAAAGUCAUUAAUAUAAUCGAAAUAAUUGAGAAAUUGUAAUAUUGUACAAAUAUUCUUUUUUAAUAAACAUAUAUUUGUGUUAAAUAAGUUUCAUAUUUUCCACUAAACAUGACUUGUCGUUAA